UCUUUAGAUAUUAAAAUUACUUAUAUAAAAAAAAAAAAAAAAAAAAAGAGAGAGAGAUACAAGGAGAAUUGUCAUUUGGGAUCAAGUCGAGCUUUGCUCACGCGGGAGGAGCGUUAAAAACAGGAUGAUGUGGCGGGGAAGAUGAGCACCGAGGUGACGAAGGAGGUCGUCGCCACCGAGAGGGUAGCACCGAGCCCUCCGGCGGCGGUAGCGACCUCGCCAACCUCUGGUGAUCCGUCUCGGCACCUGCCACCGUUCAGCAGCUUCGCCGGGGACAGCACGAUGGACAGUUCUACGACUUUGACGACCCUUCAUUCCCAGGACGUUGGACUGGGCCUUACGCCGUCCUGGGAAUAUUAUGAGGGCCUGACAGGUCGGCUGAUCGACGUCCGCGGCGAAGUGGUUCAUGCUAACCAAUAUCGUCCUUGGGAGUCGAAAAAUGCCGGCGGCAUCGUAUCUGCCGCACCACCGACCGGUGAAAGUUUACCAAGUUUCGCGAGUCAAUUUACCGCACCGAGCGAAUCCGAGCCCCAAUUGACUGCGUUAACCCCGUUGUCACCAGCAUCCAUUUCUCAUUCGCCACCCGUCACGUCAGCCGUUGGUUUGCCCAGUUUUCAUACUCUAGGGACACCUUUACCCGCGCCUCAUCCUCAUCGAGGUACCGUCGGUUAUCCCCUGGUACCGGCACCUGUUCAAGCGAGAGAGGUACCAGCUUUGCAACAACAGAUACUCGACGAGAGACACAUUCAACUGCUCGGUUCUAGUCCCGUCCAAGCUUUCCCACCACCUCCAGGUCAUCCUCAUCAUACUGUCCUGACCGUAGUCAAACCGGAGUAUCCGCAACUUCAUCAUGCUAACUUCCAAAAUCCAAUGUCGACUGUUCUCGACUCCUCGCCAACUUCGAGGGCGAUCGGCAUCGAUGGGCGUAAGAAAGAACGAAGAAAAAUACGUGCUGGUUCUAUGGAAUCCGAAGAUGGUGGAGGAGGUGGUGGUGGCGGUGGUGGUGGUGGUCCCGGUAGCGUUGAGAAUUCUGGUCAAGUAGCGGCAGUAUCAUCUACCGCCAAUCGUGGUCCUCAUCAUAUGAGUGGCGGAAUGGGUGAUGCUGACGGUGACGGUGGCCUUGGUGAUAAACCGGCUAAAAAGAAACGCAAAAGGUGCGGGGAAUGCAUCGGAUGCCAACGGAAGGACAACUGUGGAGAUUGCGCGCCGUGUAGGAACGAUAAGAGUCAUCAGAUUUGCAAAAUGAGGCGGUGCGAGAAACUCACGGAGAAAAAGCACCUAUAUCACCUGCAGACAGGAGAGGGAGCGUUCAGGGAAAGAGGCAGGGGUCGAGGGAAGGGUACCACGAGGAGUUAUAGAAAAAUCGCUCGACAAGUCAGCACGCCAGACAGUGCACCCGCUGGUCUUGGUAGUCCUCAAGCAGGCAUCGGUGGUCUGCAACAACACCAACAACAACAACAGCAACAGCAAGCGCAGCAGCCUCUGCAUCAGCCGGAUCCCAUGCAGCAGGCCAAGGACAACCUGAACCCCGCGGCGAGUCAGCAAACGGCGGCUCUCAGAAACGGAAAUCCACCGCCACCCGUUGUCUCCAUGUCUCCCGGAGUAGUGCCAUUUUAUGGAGAUUCUAGUGCCGGUUUUCGGCCGGCAGCUGGUUUCGGUAACACAGUAUGGCAUCAGGGAGUUGGUCCUGUGGGUGCAGUCGCAGUUGAAACCACGCCAGCUGCAUGGCCACCUCAACAAUUUAUUCAACAAAUUCCUGCUCCUAAUCAAUUAGAAGAAUUAAGAUAUCACACUCAGUACAGCACCGCAACGCCUUAUCAUCCUCAACCAGUCGCGUAUCAACAGCAAACUUUUAUAACUACUGAUCAAUCGGCAUUUCAACGAGCCGGGACAACAGGACAAUAUACAAUCACGGGGCAACCUUCACCCUUAACACCCGUGGCACCGCAAACGGCAGCUUCGACACCUCAGAGGCCAUUAAAUGGCCAAUUUAUGGAUCCUGCUUCGGCACCAACGCAACCCGUUGGUUACGAAAGACAGGAUUAUGUUAACGGUUACCAGCAGCAGGAUGUGACAAUGGCACCACCACCUUCGACAACUCCAACAAGUCGUUGUAGCUCUGUACAUAUGGAUACCCAACAAGCGCAACAACCGCCACAGCAGCAACAACAACCACCUCCUACGGACACUGUAAAAGGAUUUGCCACAAUUGCUGCAAAUAAUGUGUCGGGAAACGAGAUGCCUGGGUAUCCACUUCAACCGGGCCCACAGAGCUUACACAACUCUAACGGAUAUCCAGGCUACGUGGAAAUGGGCCAACAACAGCUACAAAAUCAGUGGCAAUCGCAACAACAACAACAACAACAGCAGCAUCAACAACAACAGCAUUUGCAACGGCAACAUGCUAUGUCGGAUACUAGUCAAAGACAUAUAUGGACUGAUACUAGUACAAGUUCCAAAAUCAGUGGUGUAAAUAAUAGUAACAUGACGUGGUCUGAUUCUACUCUUCAACACCAUCAACAGCAGAAGUCUUCAAAGCAGCAACUUCAGCAGCAGAGUAUGCAAACUACUAUGAAGCAGCAAAAUGAGCAACAGACGAUGCAGCUUCAAGGGCAGCAAGAAUUAUCAAGACCAGGAAGUCAUAUGAGUUGGGAAAAUGGUAGCGUAAAAGAUCCUCAAACUCCUCAAUCGUGGUCUGACAAUACCGAGAAUCAACAACAACAGUCUCAGCAACAAACUCAGGGAAGUUGGUCGCAACAAAGUCCUAAAUUAAGAGAUACUCAAAACCCUAGAUUAACGCCAUCUUCUCAAAAACAACAUCAGGGAUGGCCACAACAUUCUCCAAAAUUAUCAGAUCAUCAGCAAAAUCCGUCCCAACAAAGUUCAAGAGUAACGCCUUCUGGUCAACAUACGUGGCAACAAAGUAGUCCUGAAAUGCAAACGCAACAGGUUACUGGUCAACAAAAUACAGGAUUAAUCAUAUCUUCUCAACAAAUACAACAGCAGCAAUGGUCGCAACAAACUAAACUUGAACAAAAUCCAAGACUGACCCCAUCUAAUCAAAUGACAUGGCCAGAUACACCAACUAGUCAACCCAACUGGUCGCCAAACAGCAUGAAAAGUGAAUCCAGUCAGCAACCUCAACAACAAUGGCCAGAUUCUCAACCUAGUCCAAGGAGAACACCUGGCCACCAAUCUACCACAUGGCAAAAUCAACCAUCCCAAGAAACUAAAAUGGAUAAUCAUAUGGCAUGGUCCCCAUCUCCAGUUAAUGAAAAUCAACCUACAUGGGGUCAGCAUACGACAAAACAAGAUAUACAAAAUUCCGGAGAAAGAAUCAUGUGGCAACAAAAUACAGAUAAUAGUAAGAACAAUGGAUAUUCAGAUAAUCAAGAUAACCACGAAAAUAAUGUAUAUGCUCAAUCGAAUCGAGUGAAUCUUAAUAGUCGACUUAAGUCAAUGAUUUUGAGCAAGCAACAACAACAUCAACAGCAGCAGCAGCAGCAGCAGCAACAACAAUUACAACAACAACAGCAGCAGCAGCAAUUGCAACACCAGCAAAUGCAGCAGCAACAUCAAGUGAAUCAUCAAGAGCAACAACAUCUUCAUAUGCACCGUCAAAUGCAAGGGCAGCAUAAUAUUAACAACAUCAUUGGAUCGAAUGGAGAAUAUGUUGGGGAUGAUAGGUUACGUGAAUCACAUGAAAAUUCGGAAAAGAUGCAAGACAAGUCAACGGAUCAAUACCUCAAUCAAUCGACAAUCAUGUCAAUGGCGCCAUCUAAUGAAAAUUUGACCGGUAAUUUUUUAUUAUACAGCCACCACCCUCGGGUCGAUAGUUUGCCCGAAGGUGGUGGCUUAUUAGAAUGGACAGGAGGUGGAACCAAUUUAAGUAAUCAUAACGUACUAACAGAAACCGGCGUGACUGCUAUAGAAAAUUUAAUGAAAUUCACGACAGAGAAUAAAAUAGUUCUUGACAAACCUUCUGAUGAACAGCAACAUAUGCAAGAACAAGACCAGGAACAGGUAUGGAAAGACCAGAAUAAGCAUCAUGAUAAUCCUACCAUAGAAGAUAAGACGUUUCAACAACAGUGCGUUGAAAAAGAAACUCCAAGACUCGAAGAGGUACAAGAAGACACGGGUACAACUGAGAAAGCGAGAGACAACAACCUUGAAUUUAUACAGACCGCGGAUACUUCCGUAGUGGUUGAAAAUGAACAAAGAUCCGUUGAAAUGGAGGUAGACCAGCCAUCCACGAAAGAGGAAGAUAGUUCGGAGGUAAAGUACGCUUCAGAUCAAACCAUCAAGCAGGAAAACAUAGGAGAAUACAAUUGCGCCAUACCCGAAAACAUUGAAUCCUGCAAUGUUUCUAGAGGAGAAGACCAUACUACGCUGCCUGUAAAAGCUGAACCAGAUCAAACAUCGCAUGAUGCUUCGGAAUAUAAAUUUAGAGGCGACGGUGGUCCCGCCAAAGUAUCACCGAGUACUGGUUCGUGGUGCUGUCGGAGGGGUGGUACUGAACAACCUACGCCGGAACAUCUACGCGAAGGUUGUUGCCAAGGUCUUCAAACGAGGGAUGAAAUAUUAGCAGAUUCUCAACAGAAAUCAGACUCUGAUAUAAAGAAUGAAGGACCUAAUAGUCCAAGAAGUGGCAACGCAUCAUCGACUACUAAAUUGCAAGAUCAUUUGGACAAACUGAAGAACAAUGUUAGGACCGAGGUACCGGACUGCAACUGCUUUCCUGCCGAUAAAUGUCCGCCUGAACCCGGCUCAUACUACACUCAUCUCGGAGCGGCUGCAAGUCUGUCUGAUCUUCGGAACGAUCUUGAAAGAAGAACUGGGCUAAAGGGAAAUGCAAUAAGGUUCGAGAAGGUCGUCUAUACUGGGAAGGAAGGCAAGACCACUCAAGGCUGUCCAAUGGCUAAAUGGAUAAUACGACGAUCUGGCAUCGACGAGAAGAUCCUUUCUAUAGUGAAACAUCGACAAGGUCAUAAAUGUGCUACAGCGUGGAUCGUUGUAGCAAUGGUUGCUUGGGAAGGUGUUCCAACCCAUGAGGCUGAUCGAAUUUACUCCCUUUUGAGUCACAAAUUAAAUCGUUUUGGUCUUCCGACGACCAGAAGAUGUGGUACUAAUGAACCGAGAACCUGUGCUUGUCAAGGACUCGAUCCUGAUACCUGUGGAGCGAGCUUUUCUUUCGGAUGUUCUUGGUCUAUGUAUUAUAAUGGUUGUAAAUAUGCAAGAAGCAAAACUGUACGAAAAUUUCGAUUAUCCGUUCGAUCUGAGGAGCAAGAAGUUGAAGAGAGGAUGCACGUUUUGGCUACACUUUUGUCACCCUUAUAUUUGAGUCUUGCACCGGAAGCAUUUAAUAAUCAAACGCAAUUCGAACGAGAAGCAAGCGAGUGUCGGUUAGGAUUUAAACCUGGUAGACCUUUUUCUGGUGUAACAGCUUGCAUCGAUUUCUGUGCUCAUUCUCAUCGAGACCUCCAUAAUAUGAACAACGGAUGCACUGUGGUAGUAAGUCUUACAAAACAUCGAACAUUGGCGAAACCUGAAGAUGAACAGCUACAUGUACUUCCUCUAUACAUCAUGGAUGAUACAGACGAAUUUGGUUCAAAAGAAGGACAAGAAGAGAAAGUUCGUUCCGGGGCCUUAGAAGUUUUAAAUAAAUAUCCCUGUGAGGUCAGAGUUCGAUCUGUUCCUCUUCAACCUUGUCGUCGGCAUGGGAAGAAAAGGAAAGACGAGGAACCUGAUACUGCAGCUAAUAAAAAAGAAAUACAAAGGCACACUAAUACGUCCGAUAAAAUAAUAGAAGCUAGUCGUGCAGUAAAUCAUCACGACUUGUCCAGAACUCCAGCAAGAGAUACACAAUUAUCUUUAGAAAUGACUUCAAUGUUCGAAGGUAUGGAUGCGCAAUUACAAAGUUCUCAGGUGUCGUCAACUGUCCUCGAUAGUCCAGUAUCUAUGUAUCAAGGUUGGGGUUAUCAGAGUGACCAACAAUGGAGCCGAAAUGGUUGGUUGGAUCAAAGAAAAAAUAAUUGGUUAAAUCCUUGGGGAGAAUAUGCCUUUGGUGGUUUAGAAAGAGAUACUAAAGUAGAUCCUGAUAGCACAAGUCUGGAUGACAUCAGACCACGAAGUACAGUUUCGCAAGAAGAUCAUAGACCAGGUUCAAGAAAUUUACCAAAUUCCACAAUGGAUUCGCCAAGAGGUACUUACAGUCAUUCGCCAAGAGGUCAUCCUAUUUCUCCAAGAAGUUCUCAUCCUUGUACACCCGGUGAAGCAACUUAUGCCAUGUCACCAAGAGGAUGUCCAUCAACGCCACAGGAUCCAAGAAUGGCUUCCCCAAGAAGUUCCGGAUAUCCCACAACACCCGACGGUAGUUACAAUCAUGCAUCUUCUACGAGAAGCUAUCAGCAUAUUUUUGAUGCCAGACAAAAUAACGCGUCUCCAAGAGCAGGAUACUUUCAUUCACCAACUCAUUUAGAUGUUAUGCAAAAAAAUUUACAAUCACGAAUUCAUCAGUCACAAACGAAUGCUAAUAACAUUCGUCAUGUUGGACAAAAUACCAUGGACAAUCAAACUAGAAUGAGACAAGAUGCUAGUCAACAAAAAUACUCUGGUGCAUUGCCACAGACUUAUUUAGAAUCACAGAAUACUACAAGAUUUAUGUUACCAAAAUCACAAGCCGAGCCAUCCUUUUCAUCGAGAGUACAAAGUCAUUAUCUUUCGCAAUCCGUUCAACUAGGAAGAAAUGCUACAUAUCAAAAUCAACAUACCGAUUCUAAUUUAGGAGACGUUUUUCCUGGAUAUAGUGGUACUUCCUGUAUGGAUGGUAAUAGUCACAAAUCACUUGGUGCUACGAAUCCAGAUUUCCUCCUUCAAGGUUCUUUAAAUCUUCCAUCUAUUCCUGAUCAGCAAAGUGAUGUACAAGGACUUUUGAGUUCAAGCGAUCAAAAAAGGUAUUUCGGUCGUUUGCAAAGACAACCGGAUUUAAAAACUCCAGCAACACCUCAAUUCCCAACCGUAUCUUCGGAACAAGGAGGUUAUGGAAGCAGUUGGAAUAUGUUUAAUUUAUGGUCUUCCGAAUCUUCCAAACCGAUGGAGCAUCAAACCCUCUUUAACGAGCAUCAAAAUAUGGCGGAGAAAAUAAAUCAUCAAACGGCUCAUCAGAAAAAUCCAACUUGGCCUGAAAGAUUACCAAAUACUGAUCAAUCAAAACAAACUUGUUGGGAAACGCAAACUGAACCAUCUCCUUUCCGUAUACCCAAAGGAAGGCCACCUUCGAGAACAACAUCAAAUCAACAUCUGUCAACUGAUAAUAAUGCUUAUCCAAACACAUUUGCAAGAACAUUUUUGAAGCCACAGGAACCAACAAGAAAUAAUACUUUUGCUGACAGUUUAAGCAAUGGCGUACAAACAUGCGUACCAAAUCAGAAUCAUCAGAAACGAACAGAUUGGCACGAUGAUAAAAUAAGAGAAGGGUUUCACGAUGGAAGACAAGAGAUCGUUAAUUCGAAUACAAGUUCACUGGCUUGGGCAGAAGAAAUGAAACAAGUUCAAGAUUUGCAUGCUAUGUCGAGUUUGGGUCAUCCUCACGCAUUUCCACAGUACGGUUAUCCUACAUAUCCAGUUUUUGAUAAACCGUACCCAAAUACUUGGGAAGGUUAUAAUUAUCAUCAACCUUAUCAUCCACAAGCUCCGCAAUAUCCUCCGCAAUUUUAUCAACAACCUAAAAGGGAUGCCUGCUUCCAUUCUCCGCAAUAUCCGUAUCAAAGUAUACCACCAUAUCAGAGUUUAAAUGCAGGUUGGCCAAGAUGGGAAACCUCUCGUUGGGAUAUUUAUGGACCUCCACCUUACUUCCCGGUACUGCCCGAGCCACCACCUAAAGCUGAACCGCUUGGCGAGGUAGCCGAUUAUUCCGACAACGAGGAGUGCUUCAAAGAUCCGCAAAUGGGAGGAGUUGCUAUAGCUUUAGGUCAUGGUAGUGUUUUAUUCGAAUGUGCAAAACACGAGAUGCACGCAACAACGGCCUUGAAGAAACCCAAUCGUCUUAAUCCGACUAGGAUCAGUUUAGUAUUUUAUCAACAUCGUAAUUUAAACAGACCGAGACACGGUUGGGACGAAUGGGAAGAGAAAAUGAGAUUGAGAAAAUUAGGUGUUGUAACGACAACUACUACCAGCACGUCGAAUACAUCACCAUUGGUAUCUACAGCAGUUACUAGUCCAGCAGCUAGUUCAGCGAGUAACGAGAAACUACCACCACUUCCUCAUAUAUCUACAGUACCAAAUUCACAAUUUAUGAUGAGAUCACCAACUUAUACCACCAUGACUUGGACAACACUUUUUCCGAUGCAUCCGUGUAUGAUAACAGGUCCGUAUCAAGAAGGAGGAGCAAUUGGAUGAGCCAUCAGCGGUAGGUACGAUUCCAAUCGGCCGUGAUUGCGAAUCGUACCGGGAAUUGAACGAAUAAUUUAACAAAAUCCGGAUACAGCGAAGAAAUUAGGAGGGAUCAUUUGUUCGUACAGCCAUAUUGAUGAGGUGUGCCUGACCGGCAUUAAAAAUAGGAACGAUCCAUACAGAGUUGAACCGAACGAAAGCGAUAGAUACCGUAUGAGAGAUAGAGAGAGAGAGAGAGAGAGAGAGAGAGAGAGAGAGAGAGAGAGAAAGGAGGGCGGAGAGAGAAAUAAGUAUAGAGUGACGAAAUGAAAGAUCUGCCAAGCAAGAACAUGAAUCGGUAUCAACUCAUUUCCAAAACCCGUUUUAGACUUACAUAUAAAAUACAUUAUUUUUUUGUUCCCUGUGUAAAAGAUACCUUAUAACGGGAAGACUUUAAAAAAAAAAA